CACUGGAAAGGUAUCCGAGCGCAUGUGGGGAGGGGACAUUAUUCUACAUCACAUCACACGGCGUUACAUGGCGUCCCUUCCAGCGACGCACUUGCUCGCGUUCUCCGUUUCUGACCCAUAGGAUCUUACAUGUUUUGACUUGCAAGCACUGAUUUGAGUCUGUCAUCAUUGCGGACACAUUGCAACAUGCAGUGAUGCACUGACGCGAAGGCUAUGGGUUCAGGUGCAUCCUCUCCGAAUAUUGCCAUCAUCGGAGAUUUUUUUGCACCAUUCCGAUAUGCUAGGUGUGUGGGACGUAAAUAAAAGAAGCGCAUGAUGUCGCUUUCCUUCGAGGAUGUUUGCUGAUGUACAGCAUGAGAAGACCUAUGAUUUUAAGACUGACAUUCUUCUGGUAAUAAAGAGAAGAAACUGGGACAUACAAUCAUUUUACCUUCUGGAUAUCAGCAAAUUUGUCAGGCCAGAGUAUGCCAUCUGCACCAACUUACAGAAUCCUACGACCCCUCCUGCUUGGUAUCUUUUUGUUAGGAUGCUUUGUGACUUUGUUUUUAAUGUACAUCAAACCAUCUACGAGCUGGUUGUCAGGCCCGGUCGAGUCAGAAACAUCCACGGCCCGAGUGAAGAGCCUCCUUUCCACCCGAAGUGAGCAGAACCAGACCACCAUCCUGGUCUGGCUUUGGCCUUUCGGUGAAACCUACGACCUGAACGUCUGCAGCUCUUUGUUCAGCAUCGAUGGCUGCUUCAUCACCGCCGACCGAAACCUUUACAACAAAUCUGACGCCGUGGUCAUACAUCACAGGGACAUCACCAGCGACCUGUCCAACAUGCCUUCAGCAUAUCGGCCCACGUUGCAGAGAUGGAUUUGGAUGAACUUCGAAUCACCUUCCCAUUCAUCUCAGUUACCUGGAAUUGAAAACUUGUUUAAUUUAACUCUAAACUAUCGGCAGGAUGCUGAUAUAGAAGUGCCUUAUGGAUCGAUUGUCGCAGCCCAAGGAGAGGAGGACUUUGUGCCGCCAAGCAAGAACAAGCUGAUUUGUUGGAUCGUCAGCAAUUGGAACCCAGACCACGUCAGAGUGAAAUACUACAAUGAACUCUACAAGCACAUCGAGGUUCAUGCAUACGGACAAGCAUUUGGUGAGUACAUUUCCGACCAGGACUAUUUCCCUACAAUUGCAAGCUGUAAAUUUUAUUUGGCAUUUGAGAACUCGAUUCACAAAGACUAUAUCACUGAGAAAUUGUACAACCCGCUUUCGGUUGGCACCGUUCCCAUUGUGCUCGGACCACCAAGGGAGAACUAUCAGAACUUUGUGCAGGGAAAUGCUUUCAUCCACAUUGAUGACUUCCCGUCUCCGAAGGAGCUGGCUGAUUAUCUCCUGUUCCUUGAUAAAAACGAGGAGCUUUACCUGAAGUACUUUGACUGGCGUAAACACUUCAAGGUGAAAAAGGCGUAUUUCUGGGCCGAGCACACGUGUCUGGCUUGUGAUUACGUCAGAAGGCACAAUGAGUACAAAGCAAUUAACAAUCUUGACAAAUGGUAUUGGGGUUGAUUCACAACUGAACCACUGGACCAGAUUAAUGAAAGUGGCUUGACAAUAAGACCUUCAUAUAACUUAAUUUCAAUGAGGGUCUGUUGUGAGCACUUGCAGACUUUUAUUUUUGUAAAAUGUCCCAAAGUAGAUGUACAUUUAUUUCGUGUUCGGUUUCAUGCGUUUAUUAAUCUGGAUGCAAAUUAUGCAGUUUAGAGUUUAGUAUGUAUUUAUUUGGAAAGCUGAUUUUGACCAAAAUGCAUUUAAAGGGAUAGUUCACUCAAAAAUGAAAGUUCUGUCAUCAUUUGCGGACCGUCUUGUUGUUCCAACUCUGUAUGACUUUCUUUCUUCCGUGGAACAGAAGUAAAUUAUAUUUUGGAUUCAAAUCAUGCAUUUCAGAGUUAACAUGGAAGGACAUAAAAGGAGAUAUUUUGAAGAGUGUUUCAACUGUUUUUUUUUUUUUGUUUUUUUUUUUUUUUUUUUUGUUUUUUAGGGAAUCCUGUUUCUACCAUGGAAUAAAAAAAAAAAAAAUGUAACUGCAACUUUUUAUGUCAAAGUUCAGAGAAGUCAUAAGAUACAAACUUGUAAUUGCAAGGGGAAAAUUCAUACUUGUGAGAUAAAAAAACAAACAGUUGAGAAAAAGUCAGUUUUAUGUCGUGCUGAGAAACCAAGGCAGAAUUGUGAGGGUUUUUUAAUUCAGUGGAAAUGGGCUUCCAUAGUUUUUACCAAUACAACAAACGUCAAUAGGAUCCAGAAUAACACACAAAAGUAAUUUUUCAAAAUCUUAAUUUCUGUUCUGCAGAAGAAAGUAAGUCAUACAGAUUUGAAAUGAUAUGAGGUUGACUAAAUGAGAUAAUUGUAAUUUUUGUGUGAAAUAUCGCUUUAAAGUUCAGUUUUGGUGUUUUCAUACACCUAACUACACAUUAUACAGGAAAUCUGUUUAUUUGAUGAGAACCGAGCAGUUUCUGAAACUAAGAUUUUUAUGCUUUAUUUAUAUCAUUAGUUAUUGUGUAAAUGUUAGUGCUAGAGUCAUCUAUGCAGUGUUUACAGAACUUAUGUUGUGCAAAAUGUCCAUGUACUGUAAAUGUAAUGUGUAUGUAUUUUGAGACAACCUGCCUUUCAUUUCCAUGGUUUUGGAUGUUGUUUUGCGCAUUCAUAUUUUACCAUGCCAUAAUGGACACCUUAGUGACCAACAUUGCAUUUGCUACUGAAAAACAAACAUGCCAGAAGUGCGUCAUUGCUGAUAAUGUUUUACUGUACUGAAUAACUGCUGAUAAUAUCACUGUUAAGUAUCUUACAUGGCUUGAAUAUGUGAUACUGUGAAGUAUCAAUGUGUACUGUGAAGUUCUGUCUUUGAAAUAUUUAAAUGUCACUUUUGUUUAACAGUAAAGUGAUGAAUCGAGAGCAGGAGGCUAAUAUACAUACACUCAUGUGGGUGGUGCCAUAUUCACAGGAAUGCAGAAGACUUUUUUCCAAAUGUUGCCAAAUGUUUAGACACGCUUUGGUGUACGAGACAAAUGAAAUCAUAAUGUGAGAAGCAUAAUGACUCGCUUUUCCAGAUGCAAGCUUAGAACAUUUGUUUGCUGCCAAAGUUUUCUUUCUGAAAUAUGAUGCUGAUCUGAUAUCUCUGGGAUUCACAUCAUCCCAUUUCUCAGAUCGGCUUUCAUUUCAUGGUGAAGGACUGUUUUAGAUGUGCUUACAUACAUGUAGUCAGUCUAAUAUUAGAUGAGGGUGAAGAACUCUAUUAUUGAUCAAUGAGAACAGUUUCAACUGUGGAUCACAGACUGAGCUGAUAAUACUGUCACUGCGCAAAAAAAAAAAAAGGUUAUUGAAAGCUACAGUAUUUUGUCUUGUUUCCAGUAGUUAAAAAUUUAAACAUCCUUAGAUCAACAUAUUUUUACCUGAGAAGAAAUAGUGUAUGAAAAUAUAUGAUUAUAGUUUUAAGCAUAAAUCAAGCAUUAUUUUGAGAAGUUAAUGUUUAAAGGUGUAGUUCACCCAAUAAUUAAAAUUUUAUCAUCAUUUAUUCACCCUCAUGUCUUUCGAAUUUUACAUUUUAGGGUGAACUGUACCUUUAACAUAUUUUUCCUAAUUUUUAGCAUAAACUUAACUGAAUUUUGCUAGCUUUAUCCUUAAAGCAAAAUAAAUAAUAAUAACAAAAUUAAUAAUUAACUGAAAAAUAAUUAAAUAAAUAAAUAAAUAAAUAAGCAUGCACUUAAGCAAGCCAAUGGGUAACAAAAAAGUGAAUUUAUUUAUAUUGAUGUAUUUUACAUUAAUUUAAGGUAUACAUUUUAUCCUGGGAUUUGAACCCCUGGCUCUGUCAUUGCAAACAGCAUGCACUACUGUUUCAGCUAACAGAAUGCAUUUGGUAUCUUAAAAAACUAUUAUAUUGUCACUGAAACAGGUCUUAUUUACAUAAACAAUUAUGUAUCUCAAGCAGUGCUGGGUAGUAACUGAUUACAUGUAAUCUGGAUUACACAAUCAGAUUCAAAAAAUUAAGUACUUGUAAUUAGAUUAUAUUAUGUUUUAAAAUGCUCAUAAUCAGAUUACAGUUACUUUUUAUGGAUUACAUGAUUACACAUUAUUCACUGUAAUGUAAUGUUUAAUGCAUCUCAUGAUGUCGAUAACAAAGAAUGGAAUAUAUUUUCUUUCUCUUUGUUUUGUUUGUUUCUCUUUAUAUCAGUUUGGUACACAAUAAUCCCAUUAAAUCUAUGUGAUAAACAAGUUAGAUCAAAAGCAAUCUAAAAGUAAUUCAAAAAGUAGUCAGACUAAUUUAUAUAAUAUAUGUAAUCUGGAUUAUGUUUCUAACUACAAUAUUUCUCAUGUAAUUUGUAAUCAGUAAUGUAUUACAAUUUGUAAGUAAUCUACCCAGCCCUGGAUGUUUACAUAUUUUUACUGGAAACCAAGACAAAAGCAAUUAUGACAUUGAUUUUUGCUCUGCUAAUAUGAAAAAGCUUGGAAAAAGCACACUUUGAUAUUUGUGGUAAACGUUUUGUUUAUAAGAAUGAUAAUUUCCAGGCCCAGGCACUUACAAGUCAUGAAUCACAUAUAUUCUUCUUGUUUUUAUGCCUGAAGCACACAUGAUUGUGAGUUAUUGUUGUUGUUGUGUUGCAGUGUCUGUCAAAUUGAGCAUACUGUAUGAACAGUAACACCGUCAUCAGCGGUUAAAUAAUUCAUGCCUGGGAUUUUAACUUUUGUAUUCAUGAGGGACCAUCAGUUUUGAAAAAAAAGUGUGCUAUUUUAACAACGUCCAUCUGUAUAUUACUCAAAAGUGUGCACAAAGAGACAGACUUUUUUUAUAUGAACUCUGAUGAAAAUUGAGAUGACGUGUAGUAACACAAGCUCCACUACACAUCUCAGAUCAGUGUUUGUCGAAGAGAAUCGGUUUGCCGUGAAUGUUCUUUAUGCAUUGUAAAUAGCUGUAUUGUUGGACGAUUUCAAUCCUGUAGCGAAUGCCAUGAGGAUGAAGUGCUGAAAUGAGACGGACAAAAUAAGCCCUUUCUGAGCCUUUACACAGAGAAAGAAAAGUCUCCUGCUGAAGACAAAGAUGGCAGUGUUACGGAGAGGCCAUUUUCUGUCCCUAAAGCAUCUUUUUGGGAUUAGGAACUAGUCUUCUGAACACUGUUGAACUGGAAAACUUUAAAACCUAAAAGCUUCUCUCAUUCUCAAGUGUGAUUUAUUGAACUGAUGACAGUACAAAGAUGUAUUGUGACGAAAAAUGUGAACUGUGAAAAUAUAAUGAACUUUAUGGUUUCAUCUUGCUGUACAAAGUGAAUCAGAGAUUGCUUAUUUACUUACUGAGCAUAAUUACUGACUUGUAUUGAUUUGUGGUCUCUCUCUCUCUCCCUCUCUUCACCUCUGUGUAUUUAUCUCCUGUGCACAAAUGUUGGCUGUGAGCUCUUGGUACCCUUUAAAACAGCCUUUGCAUUAUGAGUGUGUUAGCGGUGUCUGACUCAGAGCCCCUGCUGACUCACACAUGUAGGCUGGUCGCACUGACGCCGGCAUGGAGUAUGAUAUCUCCUCUAUGCAUUAUGGACUCAAAUGCGAAAUGACCCACAUUCCUAUUGUGCUGAGGAACUUGAGGGUGUAUAGAACUGUUCAUUGCAACGUUAAUUGCCAAAACAUUGUUAUUUGCCAAAUAAUUUACUGUAGAUGUCUGUUAGUAAAAUAAAGAGCUGAAAAUAAAAAUACGUUCACAGAA